GAAUGAACAACCUUGAUCUCAACGACAGAAGACGCUUCCAAAAUGAAUACACAUUUAUGCAUUUGAGGGGCAGCAGUAGACUGUGAGAAGACCCAGAAGAGCACUGAGCAGUCCAGCCCACGCCGUUCGAACCUGCUCGCAGCGGUGCUCGUCCCUGCCCCGGUAAUUGUAGCCGCAUCGUGGGGUUGUUCCUCUUCACCCACGCAGACCACUACGAACACCUGCUGUACUAAACGUGAAACAUAAAAGAAAAUAAAUCCAGUAUUAGAAAAAAAAUAAAAAGUAAAAAGCAAGGAGCCGUGCCGUUGCCAAGGCGAAAGCUGCUACCUACAUCACAGGUAAACAAACAGUGCUGCUGCCCACCAGCCGCCGCGUGCAGGUUUCUGGUCACAGACACGAGUUAGAAAAACAGGAAUCACUGAGAAAGAGGAAUGAGUGCUGAGAAAGGAGAGGAAUUAAAACAUUUUUGCGGUUAAGAGGAGACGAGACAGUGGGAACACAAGAGGGAGCCUCAAAACUGCUAAACUGCUUAAAAAAAAAAAAAAAAACAUAUACAUUUAAAGACGUGAAGAGUGAGACCUAAGAACUAAGAAACGAUUCAAAGCGUAUCAUACUCAAAGGAGAAGGCACUUCGGCCAGCGCUGGUCCAUCAAAUUCACAGCUGGAGCAAGAUCACGCGGAGGCCAAGAUGUGACACUGAAGGAUACAGGGAUUGUAUUAUGCAGUGCCUUCAGGUGCUCGCCGACCUUACUGGUACAGAUGAAUUCUACUGUUACGAUCUCUGAGGCCGGGAAGAUGGAGCAUGUUGAGGUGGAGAUGAUAGACAUGGGGCGAGGGGGAGACACUGGCCACCACUACAGGGACAUCUUAUCGGGUGAUAUUGACCAUGUGGAGGUGGAGAUGAUUGAGGCAGAACCAGCAGAGGAUGAUGACAAUGAUGAAGAGGACAGUCAGCUUAAUGAGUACACUGACCUGCUGGCUAUGGAUCCGCUGAGUGCUGACAUGUCAGGCCUGAUGGGACAAGGGGACCUGUCUGAGGGCGCAUUAUCAGCUGCCUCAGAAGAGGAGGAGGUGCUGGGGCUGCCGCAUUCCAUCUCCACCAUUGAGGCCGUGGAGACGAACAACAGCUUCCUCAGCCUAAACACAGCGGAGGCAAUGGGGGAGGCAAUGGGGGAUGAGACAGAGGAGGAGGAGGAGUCCAUCUCUGAGCCGGUGGACACAAGGAGUCAGGAGGACCUGAUCAACCGCCUCAUGACGGAUGGAAUGUCCUUCUCGGAGGUGGCAGCACUGUAUGGUGAAGAUGCUGAUGCGGACAGUGAUGAGGAGGCCUUGGCAGCCUCCGGGGAGACAGCAGUGGCAGCAGCAGGCAGUGACGGCAGUGGUGGCAGUGGUGUGGGUGUUGGUGGCCUCAAAGUGGAGGAUCAUGCAGCAGAGUUUGAGAAGGAGCUUAAUGAACAGCAAAGGUUCCAGUUAAAGCGGAAGGGAGGGAAGGAGAAGCGGCGGCGAAGGCGGCUGCCAGCAGCACUACAGGGCUUGAUGGGAGAGGCCAACCUGCGCUUUGCCCGGGGUGAGUUUGAUGAAGCAAUCAAGAUGUGCAUGGAGGUGAUACGACAGUUCUCACACUCUCCGGAGCCUUACCAGACAUUGGGAAUGAUCUAUGAAGAGAAGAAAAUGGUGAACAAGUCACUCCAGUUUCUGCUCAUUGCUGCCUUCCUCAGUCCCAAUGCAGAGGAAUGGGAGAAGCUGGCUGACCUCUCUCUCCACCAGGAAAACAUCCAUCAGGCUGUGUUCUGUUGGGGUCGUGCCAUCAAGGCCAAUCCUGAAAACCUGGACUACCACUGGGCCCGCUGUGACCUCCUGGAGCAACUUGGGGAGAAGCUCAAAGCCCUCAAGGGAUACACACACAUGCUCAAGUACCUGAGGAGUGAUCAAGGAAAGGAUGGUCUCAAGCUGGCCAAGGAAAUUGCCAAGAUCCAUUAUGAGAACAAGGACGUCCACCUGGCCCGGGACGCCAUGGAGACUGCCUUUAAGAAGUACCCAUCCUAUGUCACUCCAGAGGAUGUCAACCUGAUGCUGGAGGUGUUGAUGCACCAGCAGGAACACUUUCGCUGCAUUGAGAUCCUGGUGCAGCAUGGUGGGGUGAAGCUGCUACACCCGGAUGUGGAUGAGGAGGAGUUAGGCAAACGUGACUUGAAGGAACAGCUGUCCCUGGCCUGUGAGUGCUAUGUGCCAGACAACCUGCCCAUUGACCUACGCACCAAACUGACGGUAGCGCUGAUUCACGAGCGUGCCUUUGAGUUGGCGGCACCCUUGGUGGAGCUGCUCACGAAUGAGAGUGAGGAGGAGUUUGGUGACCUGUACCUGGACAUAGCAGAAGCAUACAUGAGUGCUGAGUACCACGAGGCAGCGCUGCCCUUGCUGCAGCUACUGAUCAAGUCUAGCCAAUACAAUGUGGCUGCUGUGUGGCUGCAGCAUGGAGAGUGUCUGGCGGCCAUGGACCAGAUGGAGGAGGCAGCUGAGGCUUACAGCAAGGUGGUGCAGCUGGCGCCACAACAUGCUGAUGCACGGCUCACACUCUCCUCCAUCCUUCAGUCACUGGGCCAUCUGGAUGAGGCUCUGCUGGUCCUCAAUCAGGAGAGUGACUCUGAGCCGCUGGAUUCAGUGCUGCUCUACCAGCGCUGCAAGAUUCUCAUGGACCAAGGCCAGGUGGACAACUUCAUCAAUGUUGCUAAGCUGUUGUUCCGUCGCCAUUUUGUCCACAUUAGGAAUCGAGAUGAAGCUGAAGCCAUGAUCGGUAACAAGAAGCUGUCCAACAAGUAUGAGGCAAUCCGUGAGCUGCGCCGCUCCAAGAAUGAGAGUGUGGAGGACAAUGGGCCGGCCUUCACUGGGCCUGACAUCCCCAUAGAGGAGCAGUGGGAGCUGUUCACCACCAUGUGCCACCACUUGCAUGACAAGAAGAGUUGCUGUCACGAGAUGAUGAUGCCCAUCCAGGAACACUUCCCGUCAAGUUUCCGGUGUGUGGGUGGCUAUCACCGCUCCCUUCACGGGUUCCGAAGCUGUCCAAACGUGAAGUGGCCAAGGCCUUCCUGGCCCUUCCACUUCCUCCUUCUUUCAUAUGAGCCUUGGAGGUUUGAGGAGUUGGAGCGCAUGACCUUCAGUGCUCUAGGCUCAAAGGAGUUCAUGAGGGACAGCAAGCGUGCCCGUGAGGUGGAGUUCAUGUGCCUGAUGGCUUGCAUCUACAAUAACAGUUCCUUCUUUGCCUACAACAUCAUGCGGGAGUUGGUGAUGAAGAACCCCGAGAACACCCGCUGCUGGAACCUGCUCAACUUGAUCAUUUCCAAGGCCGAUGACUUCCGCCACAACCGCUUCCUGCUCCGCCUAGCUCCCAAGCACCCUGAUCUAGUGGCCCUUGGCAUCCUCAAUGGCCACAACUGCCUGGUGGCUGGCACCUACAAGUACUCUUUGGCUGAGUACACGCAAGCCUUCAAGCAGGACCCCAGCAACCCUCUCAUUCCCCUCAUGCUAGGCCUCACCUUCACCCACAUGGCCUGCCAGAAGUUCAGUGGCAAGAAGCACUCCUUGGUGGUGCAGGCGUGUGCCUUCCUCAAUACUUACGUGGACAUGCGUGGAGAGUGCCAGGAGUCCAUGUACAACCUGGGCCGGGCAUUUCACCAGCUUAACUUGUUGCCACAGGCCAUUCACUACUACAAGCAGGCCCUGGAGUGUCCUGUUGUGGGCCAGCUGCCAGAAGGGCCUCGCCUUGACCUGACCCGGGAAAUUGCUUUCAACCUUGCCCUCAUUUAUAAAAACAGUGGCUCUCUGAACCUGGCCAGGAUGUAUAUGUAUAAAUAUAUUAAGAUUUGAAAACAGUCAUGUCUAUAAAGCAGACUAAGUGAAUCAAGCAGACUCAGAAUUUGAGGCUCUAAUUCUAUGCUUUUAGUCUUGUGUUAAUAUGAUUACUGUGUUGUAUGAUAUUUUUCCUUCCAGCAAUAAUUUUGUUAAGUAUGGAUUGCAUUUUUAGUGUAUCAGUCAAUUUAGAAAUGCAGAAGAAUGAACUGGUGUAUAUAAAGCUGUAAAAUAUUGUAUAUUAUUGUGUAAUGUAAUGUACAAACAUAAACUAUUUCUUAUGCCUAAA